AUGCAAAGCCACGCUGUAACAAGUAUGAUAGUACCGAAGCUCGACAAAGCCGAACAAGAUUUACAUCCUUCACGCUUCGCACAGUGCCAGUCAGAUGUGCAGGGAGGGAGGAGGAAGACCCAGCCGAGUAAAGCUGAACUUCACUUGCCUACUUCCAUGCCGUAUCCGAAACGGGCACGUGCAGCGAAGCCAGCAGCAGAUGUUGACGUCGAGACUGGGACUGCGAUUGAUGAAGGUGAAGCGUCGUUGGGAAAUGAACUGGAGUUGGAUGUCAACCCAGAACCAAUCCACGAGCACGAACUUCUCGAAGAAGAUGGCCUCAUAGAAGGCGCUGAAGAAGUUGAGGUCGAAUAUGUCGAUGAUAAUGGUAUUCCUGUUCCUGAGAUGGCUGAAGAGGUUGUCAUGGAAGGAGAUUAUGUGGAAGAGUAUAUUGAAGAGCCGAUGCAGGAAGAUGACAUGGCGGAAUCUCUAGUAGCGUUGUCGCUCCGAAGUGGUGAGUAUCGUGAUAAAGGUGGCACUGAAUACCCGAUGCAGGAAGAUGACAUGGCGGAAUCUCUAGUAGCGUUGUCUCGAAGUGGUGAGUAUCGUGAUAAAGGUGGCACUGAAUACGUAGUGGACAACCUUGAGAGACGAAGACAACCACGGAUUCUCAGACGGUUCACCCCUCAACAUCAACAAUUUGCCGAUCAAAGCUACGUUGACUCUCGGCAAAUCUUGGUCGAUGAAUAUCAACCAGUUGCAUCUGCUGGACGAGACACGAGAUUUACUCCUAAGUAUCCGGUUGCUGUUGCGAGGAGAGGGAUUCACACUGGUCGGAGCCCAUUUCCCAAGCCUGAUUGGAGAGAAGAUCAGUGCAAGAAAUUGUUGGUUUGCGAUGUGUUCGAGUCGUUGCCGGAACACAAGCAAGAGGCAUUCAAAAAGCUUAUGGAUAUAAUGGGAACAAGCGUUCCUGGAUAUCGUUCUCCGUCUAAACGAAAGUAUCCCGAGAAUUCUCCGGGCUACUAUCCUGACACAGACACAGAAUCCAUCAGUGCUCGUCAUGCGCAGAAAAAUUCGAGGUCAUCAAACUAUGCCGAGGGACGCUUUGCUGAGGCGCCGAGAUUUCUUGUCACUAGCCCGAGCUCGCGUUCUACGCGGGUACUGGCCAUGAUUCCUUUUGAAGAAAAGGUUAAUCCAGAGAAUCAGGAGCGUGUUGAUACUGCUGAUAUGCCGGAACUGAUACAAAACGAUAUUCACGAAGGUGAACGGUCUGUGGAUAACGAAGUUGACGAGGGUGGAGACGUGGACAUUGAAACGUAUGAAGAAGAUACUUCACGUGAGCAACGUAAAUCGACCCUAUGGCUUGACAAUAAAGGUCGCGUUGUAGAUGUCGUUCCUGGUCGAGGUGCGGCUUACCCCGAAAUGCGAGAGGAAACGUUUGGAUGCCCCGAAUUACGUGUUCUUCCCCAUAAUAAAGACGGUCAGGAUGAACGGUUUUGUCCGUCAUGUAGAAUGACAAUGAAGAGAUCCAUCUACUACCAUCAUGGACGUCUAAUUCGAAAAUAUGGCCGCUGUGAUAUAUUCACUCCGAAACGCUUCCCAUGUGGAUCUCCAGGAUGCCACGAGAGGCUAGGAACUCUUGAAAGACUGUGCGAGCACAUGUACCAAGUUCACAGAGCUCCAACAGACAUCAAGCGGAAGGUGUUCGAAAAUGAGACCCAGUUUGAGGAAUUUUUGCGCGAAUUGGAGAGCCGUGGUGGUAAUUUCCGAAUGUCAAGAGGCAACAAGACAAUAAAGGAGGGCAUUGUACAAUAUUUCCGUUGCAAUCGGAUAUUUUCCAUAGCAAAGGAUAAAGCUCUACGGAUAGUUGAUGACAUAAAUGCUGGCACAUACGAGGCUAUAAAGGAUAUAACACAGCCGAUGGAUCCUUUCGGAAAAGAAACGAGUACGAAGCCGUAUCUCCGCACUGAGGAGGCUUGCACAGCAUUCUUCAGAAAGACGUACCUGAAUGAUGGAACCAUCGAAGUGCGGUAUUGUGAUUACCACCUCCAUGGGGAUGAAAGGUUACGUCUCCCUACGGCAAUCCGUAAUCGCAUCUACGAAAUGACCAAGAAGAAGUUACCGUUACCUGUAAUUGUAAUGGUGCUCCACAGAGAAUGCCAUCGGUUUUGCAUGCCUGGAACAGCGCUUGAACGACGAAUCAUGGCUGUAACUCCACGAGAAGUGCAGUUGGUGGCUCAGUCGGUCCAAAGGCGACUCGAUUCUGCUUCGAGGCGAAAGAGGUUGAAUGAGAAUUCCGAACAAAGUGCAAAUGGUGGAGAACGAAAUGAAGACGAUCACCAGCGAGAACGAGAAGAUCAUGAAGCAGCCGAGAAUAUUCUUGAACCUGCUGACGCUGAUGACAGCCAUGAGAAUUUGAUUGAAAUACAAGAAGACGACAGUGGUGGAAGUCAAGAAACUGCUCUUGACUUUUCAACAGAAGGUCGUGGAGAAGGAGGGGAGUUAACAGAGUUGGAAUUGGCUAUGUUAGAGGAGUACGAGCAAAACCGUGGUGUUAUUUUGACAGAUUUCCAAAGUCUGAAGAGGGAAGAAAAUAGAAAAAGGUUAUGCCGAGAACGCGUACGAGCUAAGAUUUACACGCUUGGACGGGCAAUGAGGAAUAUUCAAUUCUCUGACUUCGAAUGCGAUCUUCUUAUUCGAUCAGAGCAAAUGUUGGAAAACAUAGUAGAAUUGUGGAAUGCACGAAUGGAAACCGCCUGUAAAGGAAAUCAAAACAAGCAGCUACCCCAGCUGCCAAAGCGGGAACUGAUUUCUGAAAAACGUGAAGCAACAACUCUUCGCGAUCACAGCAAAGAAGACAUGACUUCUUCGCAACGAAGUGAAUCCACUUCGGAGGUGACUGUUUCACCCGAAGUUCCUGCUGUUCCUUCAUCUGAGUCCGCCACUGUAGAAACCGCCAACACAUCAGAGGAACUACCACAGAAGAUCGCCGAAGGUGAUGCUUCGUCUGAAGCCACUCCAUCUGCUGCUCCAUCGAGUGCCAAAACUACGAGGUCAUCGCGGGCCAGGUCUCGACGCGCACCUCCGAGUAGAAAAACAAAUAAAGGAAGAAUACCCUUCUCACUCCCCCACGCCCUCCACUUCACCUCCGGCACAACCCGCGGUGUCCAGACUCGGCCGUGUGAUCAAACGCAAGAAAAUCUUGGAUGUAUGAUUAUUGUGAAUACUUUUUCGUCUUGUUACAUCUUCACGCUUGCAGUUUUGAUGUGCAUGGUUCCUGUAACCCAUGGUAACUGUAGAAGUCUUUUCUUUUCUUUACACUGUAUUCUAUUAUACUCGGUUUACAAUAAAUCAUUCAGAAGAUAC